UACAUUUUCAAAUUUACAAAUUGUGUGAAGGAUGUUUCGACCCGGCUUUAUUCCAAACGCAAACAUGCAACAACACUGUACCAGUACUUGCAGUAUGAUGCCGAUGAACCAGUUACAAAUGAUGUACCCACCGGCGCGGCCCCAGUUUGCGGGAGAAAUGUUUCCGUUUAAGGCGCUGUCUGACCUGUCCAAUCGCUUGUUUCCUGGGGCCGCCUUGCGGGAGCCGCGUAUGCCCCGCGCCUUCUACUUCAGACAGGAGGACUUGGACAAUGUGUUGUACGGCUACUCUAGACUUCCGGGAGGCACUCGAGCCGGUAUGCACGCUCUCAGUGGCCUUAAAGUUGGGGAAAUAACCCACGGUAUUGACCGAAUCUUGUCACACGGCCCUAACUCUCCGAGCCCCUACAUGGUGUCCCCUUACAAGUACUCGCGCACAGAGCCGCCACCCCACGAACUGCCUCCGGAGCUGUGUAUAUGCCCAACGACGUUCGCCGGUCUGGUUCACUACGGUGUCUUCUGUCGGAAGCAGACGAUAGAGAAAGGCACGCGGUACGGACCGUUCAAGGGCAAGGUCGUCAACACGAGCGAGAUCAAGUCCUUUGACGAUAACACGUUCAUGUGGGAGAUAUUUAAAGAGGGAAAACUAAGCCAUUUCAUCGACGGGCGCGGGGCCACCGGAAACUGGAUGUCUUAUGUGAACUGCGCGCGUCAUGUGAGCGAGCAGAACGUCACCGUAGUGCAGGACGGCACCCAAAUAUACUACGAGCUGUGUCGAGAUGUACCAGUGGGGACAGAGCUGCUCGUCUGGUACGGAGACGCCUACCUUCAGUUCAUGGGUAUCCCUGUCACGCUGAGUUCCGCCGACGGUCAGGCAGCCGACCCCGCCGCCCUGGAGGAGGACGCCAAAGAAUUAAGUGGUGGUGAGGGUUUCAAGUGUGAGCGGUGCGGAAAGGUCUUCGCCUACCGCUACUACCGGGAUAAGCACCUAAAGUACACCCGCUGUGUUGACCAGGGAGACCGCAAGUUUCCCUGCCACAUCUGCUCCAGAUCGUUUGAGAAGCGGGACCGGUUACGGAUUCACAUUUUACACGUGCAUGAGAAACACCGGCCCCACAAGUGCAGCGUGUGCGCAAAGAGUUUCAGCCAGUCCUCCAGUCUCAACAAACACAUGCGGGUUCACAGCGGCGAGCGGCCGUACAAGUGCGUGUACUGUAACAAGUCGUUUACGGCGUCCAGCAUCCUGCGGACACACAUCCGCCAGCACUCUGGUGAGAGGCCCUUUAAGUGUAAAUAUUGCGGGAAAGCGUUUGCAUCGCACGCAGCACAUGACAGCCACGUACGCCGUACACAUCCACAGGAAAAAGCUACCACGUGCAAGGAGUGUGGACAACAAUUUGGUCAUCUUUUCGACCUGAAAUUGCACAUGCGCGUUCAUGAAGGUUCGAACCUUCCAACAGCCCAGAGGCUCUUAAUAUCGCAGGCCCUUUGAUUCUAC